AUGUCACAGCAAGCAGUUCUCCACGCGUAUAGGCACCUAUACCGGCACAGCCUCAGAGCUAUUCAGUUCUCGAAGCCGGCUCGAUAUACAUUGCGCGACCGCAUCCGCCUGGCCUUUCGCAAAGGCUCCGCGGCCGAUUAUGAACCACAGAGGAUACAGAAUACGCUCGAGUUCCUGCAGUAUGCGACUAGGCAGAACGGUCUCGAACACAAGAUAGUGAAGAAUCUUCUGUUCGUAUGGUGGGUACAGAAUCAUGGAGGUCGCAAUAAGCACAACCCGAAGAACGCCAUGACGCGUGAGGACCUCGAGGUCAAGACCACCGCGUACGAUGUCUUCAACCAUAAUAUUCGCAUGCUGAACGAGAGCAUGGGCCUGUGCCUUCCAGCCACGACUGUUCGCGACCCCAGUUGA